AUAGCAACGCAACGUGGUGGUGUCGUUACUAAAAGCGAGUGGAAACUGAAACUCAACACCGACAGAAGCCGCUGAACACCGGCGAAAGACUUCCAUCCUUGUCGACCUGCUGGUGGUAGCUACACUGCGCGAGAGACACACCGACACUUCGGGAAGCAGCACGCGCUCGAGACUCUGACCACCACUUUGACAGAGCAACUGGCUCUUCAUUUAUUUAUUUUAGCAGCUAUCUCUGUAGAUUAACUGUGUGUUCACUACUACACAAGGGUGCAAUUUACUUUACACGUAAAUUAUUUUGAGAUCUAUUGAGCUAACGAAGUUUGUAAAGCUAGCCCUGGGGCGACUGGCGUUAGCAAGCUAGCGGAACACUGACAGGACUUGAAAGAAGUUGGACAGCUACCCGGUGACUUCUGGCACAUAUUUCCAAAAUUUGAUCUUCCCGCAAAUACACAAGAUAAACCAGGUAUGCCUCACAAGCGGCGUUCACAUUCGUGGUCGGAGCUGAAGCAGUCGGGGAAUGAAUGUUUUAAAAACGGACAGUACGGGGAUGCUGUAUCAUUUUACAGCCAGGCUAUCCAGUUAUUGGAGAAAGCAGGAGGGGCUAACCAACAAGAUCUUAGCAUCCUGUAUUCAAACCGGGCAGCCAGUAACUUGAAGGAUGGCAACUGUGGGGAAUGCGUAAAGGAUUGCAGUGUAUCUCUUGACCUGGUUCCCUUUGGUUUCAAGUCCCUGUUGCGUCGUGCCGCUGCAUAUGAAGCACUGGAAAGAUACAGGCUGGCUUACGUGGACUACAAAACUGUAUUACAGAUAGACUGCAACAUACCUUCCGCCCAUGAUGGAACAAACAGAAUGACAAAAGUCCUAACCGAAACGGAUGGUCCGUCCUGGCGAGAGAAGCUGCCUCCGAUCCCGACUGUGCCCAUGUCCGUGAAAGAGAAGCUUUUACAGCCCACUGCUGCAGCCACAACCCCAGCACCAGCACCAGCACCAGCCCAACCCGCUGCCUCAAAAACACAACAAAAUGGUGUCAAAGAGAAAGACAAACCAGUUGUAAACGACGCUGCAAAGAAGAAAGGCAAAACAUUGAAAGAGGAGGGCAACGUGCUGGUGAAGAAAGGAGAACAUAAGAAGGCCGUGGAGAAAUACACGCAGAGUCUCAAACAAGACCCCACAGAAGUCACCACAUACACAAACCGAGCGCUGUGUUACCUCUCUCUGAAGAGGUACAAAGACGCGGUGAAGGACUGCUCAGACGCGCUGGAGAUGGAUGCUGCCAACAUUAAGGCCCUGUACAGACGCGCACAAGCCAACAAAGAGCUGAAGGAGAGCAAAGCAUGCAUGGAGGAUCUGAACAGCUUGCUGAAAAUAGAGCCAACCAACGGGGCGGCCCAGAAGUUACUAGUUGAAGUGCAGAAGACGAAGUGAGGACGAGAUGAGCUGCACUGACUGGCCUGUGAGUGCGUUUUAAUAUGCGACCUUGCCUCCUCCACUUGCCUCCUCCACUUGCUUCUCGUCAUGAUGACAUCACUGACAACAGCAUUAUAUUUCAAUAUCUUGCAAAAGCUCAAUUGUAAAGUCUUUUUCUCAUUUGCAAUUGGGAUGGUGAAUGAAAAACAGUCCCUCAAAAGUUGUUGUGGCGAGGCUGACAGCUGGGAAACUUUAUUGUUUUCUCCACGGAGGAGGGGCCAGGAGGCGGGACGAGGAGACAAGCACAACUGGAGGAGGCAAGGUUGCAUAUUGGGAUGCACUCUGUGUGUGCAAUGGCGAUGUGGGACCUGCAGUUCAUGUUCCAAGUGCCUACCAAAACAAAACGCCCCCACCGUCCCAGACUUCCUCAUUAUUUCUCCUUCUACUUAUCCAACUGCAAGUUUUCAUGUUGUAUUCUUGUCCUCUAUGGGUGCACGUGUGCCCUGUGGUCACCUGAGGGUAGCCUCUGCUUUUUACGUUCUGCAUGACGUGGGAACCAAGUGUGAUGAAUAGGGAUUUGUCAGGCUGAGCUGUGUCGUCGAGAUGAGCUCCUCCUAGCCAAAUUUGAGAGAUUGCCUACUAUUUAUCUAUGCCUACUCCUAACCUUAAUCCUACUGUCUUUUGAAACUGCGCUUGUGAGGUAGCUCAACUGGACAAGUAGCUCAGUUUGACACAGCAAAUAGGAAAUAAGUGUUUUAAAUCUGCAUUUUUCAUGUUAAUGUUUCAAAUGUGCUAUGGCUCUUUAUGUUGGUCGUUAUUUUUUUUUUUAUCCUUGGGUGAGAAAAUAUGAAGAUGGACAAUAAAUGCGUCAUCAAUAUUACUCUAAUAACUUUUCCGUGUUGAAUAUCCACAUGUGCCGUUUCAAUCGCAACACAGAGAACAUUGUAAUGUAGCUUUAUUAUGGUGUCCGAAAUAAGAUUGUUUAUUAUAAUACAGGUAUUAUCAGUGAACAGGUGCAUGGGAAUUCACAUUUCCUUCACAUACAGUACAUUUUGUAUUUAAGAAUUAUGGCUCAUUCAUAUUAUUUCAAAGUCCAAGUGUACUUUGUCAAUUCACUAUGUUUUGAAUGCAAUUUCAUGCAGGUUACUUCAUGACUUGUUGUUUGUUUAUUUUAUGCAAAGCAUGAUUGAGGUUGCAGAGGAACCUUGGUGUUGUUAUACCUUUUCUAGUUUCUGUUUGGAUAUUCAAGCGUUCCAAAUGCCCACAGCAAUGUAAAAGCUAUCAGGUGUUGGUCUUUAUAUUAUGAGCCAAGACCCCCUUUAAGAUGUCGAGCCAUCUGGUGUUCAUAUUCAGCAGCGUGUAACUAGUGUUAAAGGUGGGGUUGCAGGUUAACCAUUUUAAGAAAAUGUACUAUUAUGACAUCAUGUUGGGGGUUCCGCAGGCUACAAUAUGUAGAACCUUCGAAUCCUGGGGGAGUUCCCCCAACGUGAUGUCAUACCUGCAACCCCACCUGAUAACACUCCCAGACACCUCCUACCUUCCAGGUAUGUCCAACGUUGCUGGCUGAUUAUAGAGAGAGUACUGAUGUGCAAGUUCCAGCAACAAGCCAGAGAUCACAUAACAGAACUGUGCUGUGCACUUCAGUGAUAUGCAAAGGGAUGAUUCAGUGUAGGAUUUCUCAAAUAAGGCUACAUCAGAGCUUAGAAUGAACAGUAGGCCAUUAUAAUAUCCACUGACAGCCUUACAAUGUUCUGCUCUCAGGUGUCUCGCUCGAUUGAGGCAAGAAUUUUGCAACUUCCAUGUUUACAUUGAACAAAUUAAGUCAUCAUAUGGUUGUGUGUGUGUGUUCUGAUCCUAAUGUUGACACUUUGAGUAUCAUCUCUGCAACUUCAUGAGUUGUGGGUCUUGGGUGAGAAAGUGAAGCACUGAUCAUACCUUUUUCUGUCACUAUUCAAUAAAGUAAAUACAACUGAU